AUGUCAGCCAAAAUCCAUUUCGUUCCAUAAUUUUUUGGCGGCAGGGGUACGACAUACCGGAAGUACCGCCAAGCACUCUUCCAGUGAAGGUUGCCAGUUCGAGUGAAGAGAGCAGAGCACGUGGAUCGGCGGAGAGAGAUUUACAAUGGCAGCAACUGUUAAUCAAGUGAGGUCGUCGCUUUCCAAAAUGUUUAAGAGUGAGCGGUACAGCCCCUUCACUCUGCAGUCAGACGGAGAGAGCCACGUGGAGGUGAAGCUGUCUGAUGACAUAGAUGACCACGCCCCCUCUGAGCAGGCAGGCCAACCAGGGGGCUCGCCCUCCUACAGGCCCCGCCCCAAGCGGAACUACCGCAUGUGUUAUCUGGCCCUUGGAAUCCUCUUUAUCUUCAUCAUCGGUUAUCUGAUUGGCUAUGUGAGCCACCGUUCUCCUCUCCAGGAGCCAAUCCCUUGUGAUUCUGAACCGGAAGAGGGCGUGGCUAAGAAGGCUAUAGUAGAAUACUCUCUAUCCUGGACCAACAUCACCAACCUGCUGGCACGGAGACUGACUCCUGACGCCUUCAACAGCAGACUGAGUGAUGUUGAACAGACAGAUCACACAGCAGGGAGCACUGGAGACAACCUUCUGGGAAAUCGUGUGUUGGAAAGCUUUAAGAGUCUGGAGAUGGAGCCCUGGACUGACACACACUAUGUCCAACUACAGAUGCCCAACAGUGAGAAGCCAAACCGUGUACUGAUUGGCCAAGAUGAGGUGUGCCAGCCUAAGGGCUAUCUGGCCUAUAGCGCCACAGGAAAAGCAAAGGGCAAGGCAGUGUAUGGCAACUAUGGGAGUCAGGAGGACUUGGCACUGCUACAGACUCUGAAGGUUGAGCUGAACGGCACCGUGAUUCUACUGAGAGCUUCAGGACAGAUCAGCCUGGCACAGCAGGUGGCUAAUGUAGCUGCAUUGGGGGUAUCUGCUGUGUUGAUUUACCCUGAACACAAGAAUGAAACUACUGAACUAUAUGGGCAUGUCCAUCUAGGUUCUGGAGACCCCUAUACUCCAGGGUUCCCCUCCUUCAACCACACCCAGUUCCCUCCCACCCAGUCCUCUGGUCUGCCCAGUGUACUGGCCCAAAGCAUUACUGCUCAGACUGCUGUCAAGAUACUAAAACGUAUAGGUGGGCCUGAUUCUCCUCCCAGUUUUAAAGGAAAACUGGACAAUGUGAAGUACACCCUGGGAGGGGCCAGUAGUGAGGAUGUCACAGUGGAGGUGAACAACGUGCUGCAGGACACCGAGAUACACAACGUCUUUGGAGUCAUCAAGGGCUUCACUGAGCCAGGUCGGUACGUGGUACUGGGGGCUCAGAGGGAUGCGUGGGGUCCAGGCUAUGCUAAAGCCACUGUCGGGACCACACUGCUGCUGGAGCUGGCUAGAGCUGUGUCUGAGAUGGUGCACACAGAUGGUUUCCGUCCCAGGAGGAGUCUGGUGUUUGCCAGUUGGAGUGCAGGAGAGUACGGCAGUGUUGGAGCUACAGAGUGGCUGGAGGGUUACCUCUCCUCUCUGGACAGAAGAGUUGUCACCUACAUCAGCCUGGACGGAGUAGUCACGGGAAAUUAUGCUGUGAACGCAUCUGCCAGUCCCCUGCUCCACAGCCUUCUGGAAAGAACCAUGAAGGAGGUGAAGAAUCCCAUUGGUUUUGGAGAGUCUGGGAAGUCUCUGUAUGAUCAUGUGGCUGGAGUCAACUUUGAGAGGGCAGUGUUUAAGCCCAUGCAGAUGGAAGACUCUGCAUAUCCGUUCCUGGCCUUCUCUGGAAUCCCCUCUCUCUCCUUCCGCUUCGUCUCUCAGGAGGUCUACCCUCACUACGGCACCUCUUUUGACAACAAGGAAUACCUUGGUUUCGCCACUGCCCAUCGCCUUGGUUCCAUAGCCACUGGGGCGGGAUUGGUCGCAGGUCAGCUGGCGUUACGACUGGUGCACGAUCACGUGCUGUAUCUGGACGUGCUACGCUACAGGAAAGUUCUCAGCCAAUCGGUGGUCAACAUCAACCGGCGCCUCAAACAAGUCACCCGGGAUGGUUCUGCCGAGGGUCUGUCAGCUCGUUGGCUCAUCAUGGCCUUAGGGUCCUACAGUAGAGCUGCUACUGACCUCAACACCGAACUACUCAACACCGACCUCACUGACACACUGGCCUGCCACAACAUCAAUGACCGCAUCAUGAGGGUGGAACACAACCUCCUCUCACCGUUUGUCUCCCCCAAAGAGGUUCCGUUCCGCCACCUGCUGUUUGGCCAUGGUUCCCACACCAUGGCAGCCAUGUUGGAGGGGGAGGACAGGGAGGCACUGCGGACCCAGCUGGCCCUGGCCACCUGGACGGUACAGGGCUGUGCCAACGCUCUCUCUGGAGACGUCUGGGACAGCGACAACCAGAUCUAACGCGGUCUAACUGUGUGUGUGUGUGUCAGGGGCUUCAGCCUCAUCCUUGUUCACUUUAAAACCCAGGAUUAGAUAACGAGGGAUUUGUCAGGGGUGAUUAUGUCAUAACGGUGACCAGGAAGUACUGUUUUCAAGUUGGUCCUUCCAGUGUCAGUCACUGGGUUGUCACUAUUUAUCACAGCCACAAAGUCAUUUGUCUUGUAAAAAUUCAUGAAAAGAACAUUUGCUUUUUAGUCUUCAUUUUAAGGUUAGGAUUAGGCGUAAUGUUUGCAGUGUGGUUAGGUUUAAAAUCAGAUGUUAAGAAGAGAAAUUAUAGAAAUAGUUGGGGUUUACCCGUAAUUACGGCUUUGUGACCGUUGUAACGAGUGAAGACCCAGUCACUAGACUUCCUGAAGAAUCACUGUCUGAUCCCUCUUCACCCCCUCCACCCCCAACUAAAGCCUUGCUCACUACUACAGAGAUGACCUCUAACCCCUUGGAGCCUAUUUAUAUUUUAUUUAUCAGUGGCAGAGAUCACUAUAAAUGUUAUCAGUUUGAUAAAGAUAUUGUUUAUAUUUAUGAAGUUAUCGGAAGCAGUGCCUUCCAGAUUUAUGGCAGUUUCAUGUCGUUCAUUUGGGUUAAGAGUUUAUUUAUUUAUUUAUCAGUGCCAGUGCUCACUAUAAAUGUUUAAAUGUCGUUUCGUUUUUUAUAGAAGUUAUCGGGAGCUGUGCCUUCCAGACUUAUGACGGGUAGGCCUUCGUUUGGCUUUUGAUAAAGUUAUCGUUUAAUUUGAUAAAGUUAUCGGGAGCUGUGCCUUCCAGACUUAUGGCGGGUAGGCCUUCGUUUGUCCUUUGAUAAAGUUAUCGGGAGCUGUGCCUUCCACACUUAUGGCGGGUAGGCCUUCGUUUGGCUUUUGAUAGUAGGCCUUCGUUUGGCUUUUGAUAAAGUUAUCGUUUAAUUUGAUAAAGUUAUCGGGAGCUGUGCCUUCCAGACUUAUGACGGGUAGGCCUUCGUUUGGCUUUUGAUAAAGUUAUCGGGAGCUGUGCCUUCCAGACUUAUGACGGGUAGGCCUUCGUUUGGCUUUUGAUAAAGUUAUCGGGAGCUGUGCCUUCCAGACUUAUGACGGUUAUACUGUCUCCUACUACGGCAGCAUCUGCUGAAGCAACAGAGUCACGUAAACAGACAGUCUGACCACCCAAGGUCCCAUGACAGUUUAAAUAUUCAGUUUGCCUUGCCGUUUAAUAUUGAGACCGACACGGAAGCCCUUUAAUACGGAUGAAACAUUCUGAAAAACUGUCCAGCUACAGAUGGUCAGACUUUCUCUGUAUACACAACUCUGUUAACAGAAAUACACCACCUCCUGCUACCACGCUACUAUGGAAACAGAAACCCGCAGCAACAGGGUAUCGCCUCAGAAACGUUGGGUCCCCGACAGCGGCGGUUGUCAUGACUGUCACAUUUCAUUUUGAUUGGCUGAAAUGCAUGCACUUAAAUUCAGAGUGUUCAAUUUGGCAUGUUUUAAACAUGUCAGAGCUAGCUACUUGGGCCACAUUUGAGAUUUCACCCUGUUUUAGAAAGCCUUAAAAGACUGGUUCAAAGUAGUAAACUGAAUAGGGUGUCAUUUCAGAUGCAACAUCAAGGAAAACAGGCUCAAAUCUCUUUGAGCUGAACUUAUUAAACAAGCUUUAUAUAGUUUAUAUAGAGUUGUAUAUCCUGAAAUAAUAUCAUUCAGGCAGCAAAAGAGCCAUUUCUGUUAACCAGUUAUUUUGGAGCAGUUUAUAUUUCUGAUCUGAACCAUUAUCGGGAGCAGUGUCUUUCAUAAUGACAAGCAUUGAUGGUAGUUUUUGCCUACCAGUGUGUGUUUGUAUGUAUCGGGGGCAGUGACUCCCAUAUUUCACUGAAGGGUGGAGUAACUUAUCGGGAACAGUGUUUCCCAGAGUUUUAUAACUGUAUUUUUCUUUGUGUUCAGUCUAGUAUGCGUGUCCUUUCUGUGUGUGACCUGCUAUUGCUCUUGUUCCCCUCUGAACUACUUGUAAUGGAUAAGUCCUACCUACUGGUGAAGGUUGCUGAGGGGGGGGCCGGCUCAUAAUAAUGGCUGGAGCGACUGGAAUGGCAUCAAACCCAUAGAAACCAUGUGUUUGAUACCAUUCCGCUUCAGCCAUUACCACAAGCCCGUCCUCCCCAAUUAAAGUCCCACCAACCUCCUGUGCGUCCUAUGGCAUGUUACUGUAUUUUCCCUUAGAAAUGCAAUCCCUACAACAGGUAUUCCCAUUCAGGCCAAUACGAUUCUAUUCAUGUGUAUUUUCCCUUAGAAAUGCAAUCCCUAUAACAGGUAUUCCCAUUCAGGCCAAUACGAUUCUAUUCCUGUGUAUUUUCCCAUGCAGUGAAUUAUCAGACACUGAAACUCCUGUUGUAACUGUCCGCUAAAUAUUCUUGUUCUUUUGAUUAUUGAUCACACUGUCAAUCAGGUAACUAGUAACAUUUCUGUUAGACUUGUCAGUGCUAGUCUGUACUCAUACAUGUUCAUCUGACAGAGUAUGGGUGCUUUUUAGAGGUUUUUCUACUAUUGAGUUCUAAUUUUCUGUUGCGCUUCAAUAAACCUUUUGGCUUAGCAAUA